AAAAAAAAAAAAAAUCAGAACAAAAGAAAAAGAUUAUUGAAACAAAAAUCGAUUUGGGUACCGAAAGUUUUCAUUUUUUUUUUGUCAAAUUGCAUUGAAAGCAGAGCCAUAUAUAUCACAACAGCAGGCGCACUCUCUCUCUGUGUUAAAAGUUCUCUUUUUCUCGCUCUAAAAUCAAACCACCAACAUUCAUGAUGCAAACGGCACACGAAGCGGAACAGCGAUUGCUUGAUGAAUUCGAACAAGGGGAAGAAGAAAGAGCGUACGAAUCGACCGAGAAAGUCCACAUCGUCGGAGUCGGCGAGGACGCCGACGACGACGACUACGGCGUCAAAAGGCCGCCGUUUUCAUGGCGGAAGCUGUGGCUCUUCACUGGGCCCGGGUUCUUGAUGAGCAUAGCGUUUCUCGAUCCGGGCAAUCUGGAGGGCGACCUUCAGUCCGGUGCGAUCGCAGGGUACUCUCUGCUGUGGCUGCUCUUGUGGGCCACGGCCAUGGGCCUCCUCGUGCAGCUCCUGUCGGCGCGGCUCGGAGUCGCAACUGGCCGACACUUGGCCGAGCACUGUAGGGAGGAGUACCCCAAAUGGGCGAGUCUGCUGUUGUGGGUCAUGGCCGAGUUGGCUCUGAUUGGGGCUGACAUUCAAGAAGUCAUUGGGAGUGCUAUUGCUAUCAAGAUUCUGAGUAAUGGCAUUGUGCCCCUUUGGGCUGGUGUUGUUAUCACAGCUUGUGAUUGUUUCAUCUUUCUAUUACUUGAGAACUAUGGUGUGAGAAAAUUAGAAGCAGUUUUCGCCGUUCUCAUUGCCACCAUGGCAGUGUCAUUUGCAUGGAUGUUUGGUGAAACAAAACCCAAUGGCUUAGAACUUCUUCUUGGUAUUUUGAUUCCAAAACUUAGCUCAAGAACAAUUCAACAAGCUGUGGGAGUUGUGGGUUGCAUUAUAAUGCCUCACAAUGUCUUCUUGCACUCUGCUCUCGUACAGUCACGAGAGAUUGACCACCGCAAGGUAGGCCGGGUUUCAGAAGCACUCAGAUACUACUCCAUAGAGUCCACCAUCGCCCUUAUGGUCUCCUUCAUGAUCAAUCUUUUCGUUACAACUGUGUUUGCAAAGGCAUUUUAUGGUACUGAUAUAGCCGAUAGUAUCGGAUUAGUAAAUGCAGGGCAGUAUCUUCAAGAGAAGUAUGGGAAAGGACUGAUCCCAAUUCUAUAUAUUUGGGGAAUAGGGUUAUUAGCUGCUGGCCAAAGUAGCACCAUCACCGGCACUUAUGCAGGACAGUUUAUCAUGGGAGGUUUUUUAAACUUGCGUUUGAAGAAAUGGCUCAGAGCAUUGAUAACAAGAAGCUGCGCUAUUGUUCCAACUAUAAUAGUAGCUCUUGUUUUUGAUACCUCUGAGGAUGCAUUGGAUGUUGUGAAUGAAUGGCUUAAUGUGCUUCAGUCGAUGCAGAUACCUUUUGCACUUAUUCCCCUUCUCUUUUUGGUGUCCAAGGAGGAGGUCAUGGGAGUUUUUAAAAUUGGCCGAGUUCUCAAGACGGUUUCAGGGAUCGUGGUUGCCCUGGUAAUAAUGAUCAAUGGGUAUCUUUUACUGCAAUUUUUCUCUGCUGAGGGAAGUGGAGUGUUGUUUGGCAUUCUGAUAUACACCUUUACAGCUGCAUAUGUUGCGUUUAUUAUAUACCUUGUUUUAUGGGGCAUUUCCUUUUCUAAUUGCUUUGGUUUUUUACAACGUAAGAGGUUAACAAGCACAGGCACUGGGAAUUGACUAAUCAAUCUCCAACACCAUUGUCAAAUGCCCAAGACUGGAAUCUGGCUGUGCUUUCAACUGUUGCUGCUAAAUUGCUUUUGCACCGCCUAUUGAUUACUUUUGGACAAUACAUCAUUUAAUUAUUGCAUACUUCCGGGGAUUGAAUGUGCAUAGAGUCUGAAGCAGCGGUUUUACUGUGGGAUCCUCUUUGCCUUACGAAUAGUAGGUAGUUUCUUCUUGAACCUGGUUUUACUUUUUCUUGUAUAUUGGAAGACAGGAAAAGAAGGCUGAGCGUGUCCGUUACAUGGGCAUACUUCUAUUUUGCCACAAAAGUUCGGAAGCCGUUAUGUACCAUUAGAUUUCAGAAAUUAUGUGCUUUGGCUGUAGCUGCUACACUUAGAAAAUGAUAGUUGAGUAGGCAAUGUUUCAACAUUUGUAUGCAAUAUGUAAUGGCAUAAGUUAUUUAAUAAUUCCUUUUCACAUCCUUA